AUGCUGAAAUCCGAUCUGCAUACAACAAACCCCGGUUUUCAUUCAGGCAAAUACAAGGAGACGAGCAAGUCCAACUCGGAUUCGAAGUCCGACACAUCGGACGAGGCGGUGAAGACGCAGCAGCCACCGAAGAAGUCCAUGCUGCAGAAGCUCGUCGGUGUCUUCAAGAAGAAGCCGGCCGCCGGGCAGUUGGCGAACGACGACUCCAAGACGUUCAAGAAGCCGGCGGAGGUGGAAACGGAGCAUGUGGAGGCGCAGGAGGGGAAGGAGAUCGAGAAGAUGGGAGAGCGCAUCAAGGAAGUGGAAAAGAAGGACCACGAUAAGAAGGAGGAGGAGGAUGAGAAGGACGAGUGCGACGAA